GAUCGGCCCGCAGUGUGGAGCCAAUGAACGGGUUAACGCGCUCUGACGCAGGGAUGGUCAACAGGAGGCUGCGGGCCGCAGGUGGGAGUCCUGCGGACUGAGGAGCAGCAGAGGAGCCGCUGACGGUCGCUCUGAGCAGAAGCACCUCCUCUCCGCUCCUCCUGCAGCAGAACCACCGGACCGUCAUCUGCGCUCCGCCCGCAGGGACCCUCACCGAGCCUCCGGGCAUGCUGCGUCCGCUGCUGCGCGCCGCUGAACGGGACGCGGGCGAGCAGCCGCCGCGGCGGGUCUGUGGAUGAAGGAGCGGAGAAACUCGGCGGAAGUGAGCGGAGCGGACCGCGGCGGAACGGGAGAUGCAUGUGGCCGGGAAGCAGCAAGCCGAGCUGACCGAGCGACCCGCCAGCCUCCUGCUGCCAACUUCGACCAAAUCUGGAAUCGCUUUGCUCUACAACGUGGAGAGCAGCAACACCUACGACGUCUGCCUGCGGCUGAGCAAAGACGCGCUGACCAUCCAGAAGCUGGAUGUGGUCUGCACCACGGCCGCUGACUGCCAGGUAAACCACAGAACUGUUGUACUGCGGAGACAAGCGGCUGGAGGUCUGGGACUGAGCAUCAAAGGCGGCGCGGAGCACAACGUGCCGGUGGUCAUUUCAAAGAUUUUUAAAGAUCAAGUCGCCGAUCAGACGGGGAAGCUGUUCGUGGGCGACGCCGUGCUGCAGGUCAACGGCAUCAACGUAGAGCGCUGCACGCACAAGGAAGUGGUCCACCUGCUGCGCACCGCAGGUGAUGAGGUCACCAUCAGCGUUCGUUACCUGAGAGAAGUCCCGUCCUUCCUGAAGCUGCCUCUAGGUUCUCCUGGACCGGACCAUGGGGGCGUGUCCUCUCCGCUCUUUGACAGCGGCUUCCAUCUGAACGGAACCAACGCGGCUCCAUCCCCCCCCUCGCCCUCAGCUAACCAACCAAAGUAUGAGAAGCGCUGGCUGGACGCCGUCUGCAUGCCCCUGUUGAUGGCCAGAGUCUCCAGAUUCAAAGCCGGCACCGAUAAAUUAAGGUCCAACUGCUUCGAGGUGUUUGCCCUGGACGGAGCCAGCACCAGCACCAGCACCAGCGUCCUUCAGUUCUGCACCGCAGCAGAAAGCACAGACUGGCUCCAGGCCAUUUCCACAAACAUCAACGGCCUGACGCAGGAGAACAUAAAAUUCUUGAACAAAUCCUGCUCUUCAGAGGAUCAGAUUAUUCACAUGGGCUGGGCGUGUGAAACUCCUGAGGGCAGCACCACCUGUCGCAGUUCAGUCUUCAGGUUCCUGGCGCUGAGGGGACCGUAUUUUUAUAUCUUCAAAAGUCCCCCGAUCGGCGCCACCGACUGGGGACAAGCGGAAACGACGUAUCACCUCUAUGAGGUUCUUUUCAAAGUUCAUAAGCUGUGGAUGACGGAGGACUGCUGGCUGCAGGCCAGGCUCUACCUGGGCCUGGAGCACUCUCCUGAGCAGCAGGACAGCAGCGAGUCGCUCUGCUUCAGCAUCCUGGUGGGCCACGGCCAGAGCCACACCUUCCGGGUGGAGCUGGCCACCGACCUGGCCCUCUGGGAGAAGUCCUUCCAGAGAGCCGUCUACCUGGAGGUGCAGCGAGUGCGGUCUAAGAGCUACAUGUGCAGCAGUCAGGGGAACGUUCUGAGCUUCACCAUAGACUUUGGAUCAGGGUUCACCUGCUCAGACGUCGCUUCAAAGGCUGUUCUGUGGAGAUACAAGUUCUCUCAGCUGAAAGGCUCCUCGGAUGACGGGAAGACCAGAGUAAAGCUGCUUUUUAAGAAUGCUGAGAGCAAUCAGAUAGAAAUGAAGGAGCUGGAGUUUGCCAAUCUAACAGCAGUCCUCCACUGCAUUCACUCUUUCAUUGCUGCCAAAGUGGCCUCCAUGGACCCUCGCUUUAUGUGCAGUCAGAGCUUCCCUGGACAUUAUAUGAACACUUAAAAACACGCUGGCUGCUGUAACUUAGCCCCGGAUAUGUUUGUGUUGUCAUUGCUAUUUUUCUAUAAACGUCUGUAAAACAAAUCUUGGGAAAAGACUGUAAAGGCAGAUUAUGCACCAAUAGAUGGUUUUUAUCCAGUUUUGAACGUUCCUUCUUUACCUUUUAAGUUGUUUUAUAUCUAACGAGGAGGUUGGAUUGUACCUCCUGUCACAGCUCUGGAAUAAGGGAUAAAGAUGCAGUAAUAGUGUAGCAAUAUGUAUGUAAUUAUUUCAUAAUAUGUAAUUACCUAAAUCUGAUGAACCCUUUCCACAAAAUAGUAACUAUGGAAAUUAGUUUGAUGGUAAAAAUGUUGAUUUGAUGCUGAUGCAUCAGUGAACUCUCAGCGAUGAGUUAUUUCCUAUAAUAAUCUGUUCUGGUGGUGUUUCAUAGAAAGGACUAAUUUUCCUCUCUAAUGAUGAAAUAAAAUUAUUUCAGCACUUUC